AGAAGUAAACUCUAAGCACUUCUCAACUUUAACAAAAAAAGGCAGAGGGCUCACUCACGUAAAGGCAAGUCGUGUAUCAGCACCGCUUUCGUUCUCCGUUCUCCUCCUCCUGAGCGCACACCCACGGCAACGAUGAUGACUGAAGGCCACGGAAACGACGAAAGGGAUUAUUCCCCGCAGGUUCCGGAUGACGCGAAUCCCCUUGACAACAACCCUGACAAUCAUGGCGCAUACGAUCGUGGCGGCUCCGACGAGGAGCGCGAUGGACCAAAAAAAACGUGGAUUGGCAGUUACAUGGACGACUUCACGAAGGAAGAGCCCAGCUAUGGCUACGCCCCCACCGUGUUGCCGUGGCGCAUUGGGCUUUUUCUUCUGACGAGCACCAUCAUGCAGAACCUCAGCUACGACAUCCCUGUCUACAUCGGUGCGAAUUCCUUUACAUGGUCGGUCGCUCGUCAAAAGCAGUAUUCUUCUCUUUGCUACAACAUGAUAUACCUUGGCCCCGUCUUUGGUCUCAUGAUCGAUCUUUUCCGUGUUUUCCGCGAGCGCUUCCGCCCUGUUAUCAUCAUUGCAUGCAUCAUCAACGCCGUCGUUGGUUUUGUGUGCUUUGCUGCCAAACAGGUACCCGAGCAGUAUGGCAGCGCUCUCAUGCUGUCGUGGAUGGUUGAGGUGGUGACGAUGUUCGUCUACUUGCCGAUGAACGCCGUCGUGAUCAACUAUGGAAAUCGCAUGGUUGAGUCGCCUGGUGAGACCUCGGCGCGCAUCGGCGGGCUGAUGGCGCAAGCGAUGGUGUGGCGCACUACGGGGACGCUCAUCUUGGGGAUUUUCACGACUUUUAUCAAUGAACCGAUGGGAGUCCAGCACAUGCCCCACCGUUAUUACUGUCUAAUGGCGGCUAUCUUUUGCCUUCUCCUUGUUUUCCAGAUCAUCUUCCUCACGAAGCGCGCCUACUACACCGACUUCCGCAAGGUCAGUCUCAAGAACGCGGAACAGGUACGGUUCCUGAAGACUGUUCACAACGUGGGCAAGGAUGCGCUGUCGAGCAGAGUGGAAUCGCCCGGCCUCAAGCUCAUGUUCGUCCUCUGUUUCAGCCUAAUCUACUUUUUGAUCCCUGAGCCGCUGUAUAACACAAGCUGGAUGAUGGAGGGUCCGUACACUUCGGACUUCUCCGUUGGUCUCAAUCAGGCCAACUCCGUUCUCAGCAAUAUCGGUUCGGUGCUCGGCGCACUGGCGUACGCGGUGUGGAUGUUCCUCGCGCAGUACUUCAGUGCCGCAGAGGGCACCCUUUUCCGCGUCAACCCCUUCAUCAUUGUGUUGGCCGGAACCUGUGCCUGGGCCUUCGGCAUCUUUUUUCACUUCAUUGGUGAGAUGGGCAGCUCGAACCCGCACUUUGGCUGGAAAGUCUUCAUCCCGUUUGAGAAGCUCGUCACGGCGACGGCUCUCCGCUUCGCCUUCAUGCCCACAAUGUCGCUAGCGGCCAUGCAGGCGCCGCGCUUCUUUGAGACGACUGCCUUCCAGCUCUUCAGCUGCUGCACCACCGGUGGUGGUGCUAUCAGCAGUCUCUUGUCCUCCUCCAUAAUGUCUUCACUCAACGCCACCGGCAGUCGGGGGUACUGGAAGGUGCUUCUUAUCUUCCUCCUGAUGCGCUUCGUCCCGAUGGUGGCCGCCGGCUCGCUGCCUAAGUUCCGCGAGGAUGAGACGAUUCCAUGUGAGCGUGGCGACAACGAACCUUUGAACGAGAUGAAGUCUGACCGUGAAACGCCGAACUCGCGGCCGGUAAACGAGGAGCAGCAGCGUCACCGCGAAGAGGAGUCUUAGUGGUCACCAUGCAAAAGAACUUCUUUUGACUACUAUUUGUUUUGCUUCGACUUCAAGAUGCGCUGUUCACUUCACCGGCUGAGCGUCGUCUAACGUUCUUUACCGCACCGGAACCAAAAAAACUUUUUCUUGCUGUAGACAAAAAAAAACUCUAAGCCAUCAAGCCACACCUACGCAAAAGGCAGUUUUUUUUUGUGUUUCUUCUCUUAUUUUUAUUUACUCCUCUAAUUAUCCUUUUGUAAUAUAUAUUUUUUCUAUGGAUAUCUCUAGUUGAGUUUGUGUUACGUUUUUCUUCGUUUUUGUAGCAGUUGAUCAGGUAAAACAGCGUUCCUAGAGAAGUACCGCAUUCAUUUUUUUUCCUAAGGACCGGUACUCACGAGAAUUCUGUGAGUUGUCGCAUCAGGGCUUGCAGCACGCGAACUGCAACUUUUCAUUCUUUGCUUGGUUCUACCUGAUACAUACGAAACGACGGAGUCAAACCCAUAGCAAAUCAGCCUACUGCAUCACAUCAAAACAACAUCGAUAGUUUUCUUAUUUUCUUGUUCUUUUUUUCUUCUGUAUUUUUUUUUUUUGUUCUCUUGAUUCGCAGACCAAUAACUGAUUCGUCUCUCUCUAUAUGUUUUUUUUUUCUCUUAAUCCCGUAGGACUGUCACUAAACCUUCAAACUUCUGAUAGGCCGAUUGCUCCAAAGUUACGUUCACAACUCUACUUGGUUGAUGCAUGUGACAUUUUUGUGAACGUUUCAGCACGUUAUAGAAGAGUGACAAAGGAAAAAAAAAGAAAGUUCACGAAGAACAUUCCUAAGUUUAAGAAAACAACCUUGAAAGUCAAAACUUGACUGUAGAUUGGCGAUUGUUGAAACGUAAUGAUGCGAGAUGCCCCUAUGGGUACUCGAAGCUCUGCGUAACGCAGUCCUUUUUUUCUCUCCUUUGUGGGUUUAACAAUAAGUCAUGUUUUGUGCUCUUUCAAUGGUUUAAUUUGAAAAUAUUAUUUUCUUGACAGCGUCCGUAUACCAACCCUUUUUUUCUCUGGAAAAAGAAA